AUGCAAACAGCCUUUCAGGUUCACGUUUGUUGGUCAAGAACCUCCCGCAAUAGGCAGCUGCGAGCUGUUUGCCCCGGAAGAAACAGCCGCGGGUUCGGGCCCCAGGCGAGCACGGGAUGCUCUUUCCGUCACAAGUCAGCGUGGCUAGGAAGCUACGACAGGGCGGGUAUUGCAACAGCAAGAGUGCUGCACCUGGAGAGGGAGCAGGUUGCUUUCCGCAGGUUUCACGCUCUGCGGGGUUCUCCUCAUGGCUUUGCAGGUACCCGAAUGCUUUUUGAAGCCCUUACCGAAAACUUUCAACGCUCAUUGGCCGCACUGCGAGGUCUGGACAAAAUCACGGAGACCAAUAUCGAGCCGACCCUUAAAGAAGUGAGGCGCGCCUUGAUUGACGCUGAUGUAAACGUCAAAGUGGUCGACAUCCUCCUUGCCGCGAUUAAAGAGCAAGCGCUGAACAUGAAGGUUGUGAAAGGCGUAACACCAGGCCAGCAGUUCGUGAAAAUCGUCUACGACGAGCUGAUUCGCCUGCUAGGCGGUGACCCGGCGACCAGUUCCAGCAAGGCGGGUGCAUCUCCUCUGCCGGCACUAGCAGAGAGUCCCACGAAACCUACCGUGAUUCUCAUGGCCGGCCUGCAGGGCGCUGGCAAGACGACACAAUCAGCGAAACUUGCACGUUUACUCCAAACCGAAAAGCGAUCGCGGAAAAAGGUUCUGCUCGUUGCGGCUGAUGUGCAGCGACCAGCCGCAGUCGAGCAACUCCAAACGCUAGGUCAACAAAUUGAAACGGAAGUUUUCAUCCCAGCUAUGGUUGGGACCGGCUCCGUUACCGCACUGGAGGUGGCCACCAGAGCCCUCGACUACGCCAAACAGAAAGCGUUCGAUUUUAUGAUCGUGGACACAGCCGGCCGCCAAGUCAUCGAUGAGCGACUCAUGGAGGAGCUUCAACAGAUCAAGCGGGUGCUCUCUCCAGCGGAAAUCCUGCUCGUUGUCGAUGGGAUGAUCGGUCAGGAGGCAGCCAAUAUCACGCGAGCAUUCCAUGAGCGGAUUGGGAUCACGGGUGCGAUCCUCACGAAAAUGGAUGGCGACACGCGCGGCGGCGCAGCGUUGUCGAUCAAGCAGAUCUCGGGGGCGCCGAUUAAAUUCAUCGGGGUUGGUGAGAAACUGGACAAACUGGAGAAAUUCUAUCCAGAUCGAAUGGCGUCACGCAUCCUCGGCAUGGGUGAUAUCAUCACGCUGGUUGAGCGUGCGCAGGAGGCGGUCGACGAAAAGGAGGCUGAACAGCUGGCUCGCAAGAUGCUGGAGGCGCGCUUUGAUUUCAAUGACUUUUUACGCCAGACUCGGUUCGUGCGUUCGAUGGGUUCCUUCGCCGGCGUUCUAAAGUUGUUGCCUGGCGUCUCCGGUAUGCUGAAGGAGGACCAGUUGCGCGCUGGCGAAAAGCGUCUGCGCCUAGCUGAGUCUGUCAUUAAUUCGAUGACGCCGCGGGAGCGCGCGAAUCCCGAUCUACUCACCGUUGAUAAAACGGCGGCGAGUCGCAUGCGACGGAUUGCCCGGGGAUCGGGUCGAUCGCUGGAGCAAGUGGAGAGCCUCAUGCGCGAUUUCGUGAACAUGAGGAACGUGAUGGCCCAGAUGUCGAGAAGGAUGAUGGGCGGUGGCAGUGGCGCUGGACCGGUUCCUUCGAAUGCGUCACAGAAUCCGGGAGACUUGGCGACGAACCUGGCAUCUGGGGAUCUGGCAAGCAAUAUCGGGAACCGAGCUGCUCGUCGAAAACUUAAUAAGAAGAAGAGUGAUGCCUCGUCAUCCAAGAAGAGCGGUUUUGGGUUUAAGCAAUGA